AUGCCUCAAAACCACACCACCCCCUCUCUCGAAGCAAGCGACCGCUAUCUCGCCACCCUAUGCGGCUCAAAGCGAGUCGAUCACCUCCCAAGCACCUCUGGUUUCUCUACCUUGCCACUUGAAUCACCACACACGGCACUCCCUUCACCAAUCGAUACCCGCUAUUGUUUUGAGUCCUCCUCCUCAAUAUCCCCGUCAAGUGCCAGCUCAAGCACCUGGACAUCCCCUUCUACCAAUCCCUUCUGGAGUCCACCCAAAUCCGAGAAAUCUCCCAGUGCCUCCUCCGUCAUCGCCACGAACCGCGCUGACUUGAUUGAUGAUCUUUCAUCUACUCGAUUAGCCAAGAAGACCUCAGCGGUUUCCUCAACCGACUUGACGUCCUUCUUCGCACCAAGCAACACCGCCGAUUCUGCGAAAUCCACUGAUGUCCAAUGCUUGGCUCGUGAGAACCCCAUCACCCGAUGCCUUUCGGAUCUUCACUUGCUGCAGACGCCACUGCGUUCUGCCUUCCAGGAAGUUUUUGACUCUCUAUCAGACGACGCUCCUGAGCCGGUGGCCGAAAUAUAUCAGUGCGAUGACGAAACAGUCAACUGUUCUCAAACCCCUUCUGAUGUCAGUCUCACGCAAUCGGAUGUAAACUCAUUGGUGAUUUCGAACUCGCAAAGCCUGGAGGAAACCCGUCUGUCAACCUCGCCCUGUAGUUUGAAACGAUGUCCUGCAAGGGUGAAACGGUCCUCGAGGGAAAGGAGCUGGGCACCUCCGACAAUCGAUUUGCCUCCCAGGCCAAAAGCUCUUACCCAGCCAAAGUCUCUUACCAGGCCAAAGGCUCUUACCAAGCCAACGGCGCCCUUGUCAGGAACGUUCGUCUUUGAUCGCGCCUUCAUUCGUCAGACGAGACACUUCAAGUAUUGGACCGCCAUCCUCGACGCUCCUCCCUCAGUUGCUUCAUCUUCAAGGGCUGGCUAA